AUGGCGACUGGUAACCGUGUUCCGGAGAACUUCCAAACCCUUUCCCCAAUCGUGAAAGCUCCAUUAUCGGACACCCUCUCGGUGCCACUCUCCCAGCAGGGACGCAUCUGCGGAUUCUUCGAAUCUCAAUUCUACCGAUGCAUGGAGGCCUACGGAGCUAAGAUGGGACGCAAGUAUUGCGAUCUUGAGCAUCGCGAUUAUCAAGAGUGCAUUACUGGUGAUAAGCAGAAGAAGAGAGCCGAAGCGAUUUCUGCUCAACGCAGGAAGCUGUUUCUCGAAGGAAAACUCGAUUCGCCAUUCCUUGACAAUCAUCCAGAACCAGGACACUUUAAGACUGACCAUUUCCAAUGGAACCGUAUCAACUAG